AUGGGACCUCCGCCACGGCCGGGAUCUAGUCUGAGCCGCGCUGGAAGCAGUAAUGGCAGCAGACCUGUGACGAGUGACGGCUCCUUUGCAAACUUGUUGAGCAGUCCCGCGAUUCCGACAAGAAACAUAUCUGCCAGUGCGAGGCCCGCAGCGCGGACAACGGGCAGAACUGCUAGCAUCAGCUCUACUGCUUCGAGUCAACGCAGCGUGAGUAGCGGCCUCUCUAGUAGAUUGCAAGAAGCCAAGACAUCUACUCCGCAGCGCGCUGGUCCACCGGCGAAGCCGGCUCUCGCUAGACCAACUCCUGUAAAAAGUCUCAAGCCGCUUGCAGGCAGUCUCAAACCACYAGGAAGUGCCAUCAAACCGCCUGGUAGCCAUAUCAAGCCAGUAGGGAACACCAUGAAGCCGCCCACCACUGGCAUCAAACCGCCUGUCAGCAAAAUCGGCACAUCUGGCACGCCGCGUUCACUCAAACCCCCCGGGCUUGGCAACGCAUUUGCACCGAAACCCGUGACAAAGCCUGUAGCGAGGCCUGUAACGAAGCCUGCUGCGAAGCCUCCCGCAAGACAACCCAUCGAAAUCGCUGUUAACAGUGUUGUYGAUGAUGCCGUCCAUACGCCUACAGAUGUAUCCGAGAUCGCAUCAGAACCGAAGCGCCUUGUGUCUAACUCGUCUGCUGCACUACGCCAACAGAUUGCUGCGGCCAAAGCGGCGGCGCGAAAGACACAAGCACCGAAGCACGACUCACCCCAGGGAUUCUCAACAGCGAAUUCAGCGUCUUUCGAUAUGGACGUGCAUGCCGACCCGUUCAAUCAGGCGCCAAAGGACGACAAGCACAUAUUGCGAAACAGAAUAAACAUUGCACGCAUGGAUGGCAAGCUCAACAUCGCGGCAAUGAAUCUCAAAGCCGUACCCGAAGAAGUUCUCAAGAUGUACGAUUCUGCAUCCAUGAUUGAGAGUAAUGUCAAUUGGGCGGAGGUCGUUGAUCUUACGAAAUUCAUCGCUGCCGACAACGAAAUCGAAGAGUUUGACGACGCAGUGUUCCCAGACCGGACCUCGAAUGAGUUGGCGGCAGAUGAUUCGGCGGAGGGGAACCAGUUCGGAGGGCUCGAAUAUCUCGACCUACACGGCAAUUCGCUACACACACUGCCUAUGGGGCUGAGGCAGCUGGGGAGAUUGACAAGCUUGAACGUUUYUCACAACAAGCUAGACAACGCCGCAUUUGAUGUCAUCGCUCAGAUACGCUCAUUGAAGGAACUUCGGCUUGGACACAAUAACAUCAGCGGCAAUCUGCCGACCGCUGUAUGCGAAUUGCCAAGUCUGGAAGUCUUAGAUCUGCAGUCCAAUCGCCUGCUGGGAUUACCAGAAGCUUUGCGCGAACUUGUGGGACUGAGAGUGCUGAAUGUAUCGGGCAAUCAACUCACAGCACUACCAAUGGAGGCACUACAACACAUACCUCUCAUAGAACUUGAUGCCAGCAGCAAUGCUCUGAUCGGCUCGUUGUUUCCGCUCGGUGGCGUAGAUGGGCAUCCGACACUUCAAACUCUUUCUGUGGCGAAUAAUUCCAUCGCCGCGUUGACCUUCUCGGAGACACUGGCUCUUCCUCGACUGCGGAGUCUGAAUCUAACAAAUAACCACAUGACUGUUCUACCGUCAGUCGCGAGCUGGACAGACCUCAUAACUCUUGCUUGCGGAGACAACAAGAUUACAGACCUUCCGCACGGAUUCACCUCGUUACGCAAACUACGCAAUGUCAACUUUAAUAGCAAUGACAUUCGUCUUCUCAACCCCGAAAUCUGCAGAAUGGAUGGCCUCGAGUCAUUUGUACUCACGGCGAACCCAUUGCGAGAGAAAAAGUUCCUGACCAUGAGCGCCGCGGAUAUCAAGCGAGAUCUGAAAGCAAGACUCGCGCCAGAUCCGGAAGAUACGGACUCAGAAUGCCCCGGAAGUCCAGUUACAGUGGWCGGCGCAGAGGAGCCGCCAUCUAUUUGGACACUCAAGGGCAACGGUUUACUUGACUUGGCAGCGCAAGGAUUGUGCGACGAAGAUCUGGUCAAUAUUCUUGGAACGUUCCUGAACAACAAUGAUGUCAGACAGGUCCAUUUGCAGUACAACAAGCUCACCUGCAUCCCUCCGGGACUAUUUCUGGGCGCGAAUCUUCGAUCUAUCGACCUGUCGGGAAACACAAUGAGCGCAUACUACCUCUCAGAUGAUAUGGACCUCCCGUCUCUACAGGAGCUGAACAUCAGCAAGUGUGGAAUCCGGUCUUUCGAGCCCCUGGUGCGCUUCAUGCACGCCCCGAAACUCCAAGUGCUCAACGUCAACGUCAAYCGCUUGUCGGGAGAUCUGCCUGCUCUUCGAAGCACGUACCCCAUGCUAUCGACGUUAUUUGCGACGGACAACAAGUUCACCUCAAUCAGCUUUGAUGCUUUGCAGGGCAUGAAUACCGUCAAUCUUUCCAGCAAUGACAUCCAACAGCUACCAGCUGAGGUCGGUCUCUUGUGGGAUGAGGGUCUGCGGAACUUCGAGGUAGCCUCAAAUGCGUUCCGCGUACCAAACUACCGUAUUCUCGACAAGGGGACAGAAGCAACGCUUAGAUGGCUCAGGGAUCGGCUGCCCGCUGAACAUGCUAGUCAAGGUGCUGGACACGACGAGCUGAGUUGA